AUGUGUGAGAUAAGGAUAUCGGAAGAUUUAACCAAAAGCAAAAAAAAAGAGAAGGAUGAAAAGAUUUGUAAGAGAGAUUGUGGGGUCGAAGUUUUGCAACAGCUGUGGUUUCCAAUGCAGGUGACAGAUCAGUCGAACGAGCUGGCGGAGGAUCGGAGAGAACCAACGAUACCAGGUGUUGAUUCUCAUGGUAACAGCCCGAAGCAUUCGGUCUAG